AUGCUGCCGUGGAAGAAGCACAAGUUCGAGCUGCUGGCCGAGGCGCCACCGCGGCAGGCGUCCAAGCCCAAGGGCUACGCGGUGAGCUUGCACUACUCGGCGCUGAGCUCGCUGGCACGGGCUUGCCCCGAAGGCGCCCUUAGCCGGGUGGGCAGCAUGUUCCGCUCUAAACGCAAGAAACUGCACAUCACCAGCGAGGACCCUACCUAUACUGUGCUCUACCUGGGUAAUGCCACCACUAUCCAGGCGCGCGGCGACGGCUGCACCGAUUUAGCCGUGGGCAAAAUCUGGAGCAAGAGCGAGGCAGGCCGACAGGGCACCAAGAUGAAGCUGACAGUGAGUGCGCAGGGUAUCCGCAUGGUGCACGCCGAGGAGAGAUCGUUGCGCCGCCCUGGCCACCUUUACCUGCUGCACCGUGUUACCUACUGCGUGGCUGACUCGCGACUGCCCAAGGUCUUCGCCUGGGUUUACCGGCACGAGCUGAAACACAAGGCGGUGAUGCUGCGCUGCCACGCCGUGCUAGUGUCCAAACCCGAGAAGGCGCAGGCCAUGGCCCUACUGCUCUACCAGACGUCGGCCAAUGCACUGGCGGAAUUUAAACGCCUCAAGCGGCGGGACGACGCGCGUCACCAGCAGCAGGAGCUGGUGGGCGCACACACCAUCCCUCUAGUGCCGUUGCGCAAAUUGCUUCUGCACGGACCUUGCUGCUACAAGCCACCGGUGGAGCGCAGUCGCAGCGCGCCCAAGCUCGGUUCCAUCACCGAGGACCUGCUCGGCGAGCAGCAAGAGCAGGAGCUGCAGGAGGAAGAGGAAGAGGAGCAACCCGAGGGCUUCCCGGAGGAGGAGGAUCGUGUAGUGGACGGGGGCCGCGCGGAGGAGGAGGCUGAGACGCAGCGGGCACUGGUUGUGGCCAUGCAUUUCGAAUGCGGGGACUUGCUGGACACGCUGGAGACCGGCCGCGAGGAGGCGCUGCGGGGCGACGGGGUCUCGCUGGCCCCGGAGGCUGGACCGUCGCCUCUGCUGCUGGGCAGCACUACCGACAUGAAGGCCGAGCUGUCGCAGCUCAUUAGCGACCUGGGAGAGCUCAGCUUUGGCAACGACGUGCGCAGCCUGCAGACAGACUUGCGCGUGACGCGCCUGCUGUCGGGCGAGAGCACCGGCAGCGAGAGCUCCAUCGAGGGCGGGGGCCCGGACGCCACCUCCGCCACCCCUGGGGACCCGUCGGGGCCUGCCGAUGGCGCCAGUCUGGACGAGCCCCAUUCGGGCUAA